AAAUUUUAUUAGUGUGUUGUGGAUCAACAAGUGUUAGGCAAUUUGUCUGGAAGUAAUUUGAAUUAAUUCAUAAUGUCUGAAACUGGUGAUUCAGAAUCUAAUGAAACCAGAAGAGGGAUUCCAAUAAAUGAUGAAGAUGAAGGUGGUGAUAUGUUUGAAGAUGAAACUGAAAUGUUUGGAGGUGAAGCAGCGAUUGAGGAUGCAGACCGUUUGGCUGAAGAAGAGGAAGAUGGAGAAGAGUUGUUUGGCGAUAAUUUGGAAAAUGAUUAUCGGCCUAAUCCCUUAUUGGAUCGAUAUGAUGCAGCUGAUCUUGAUGAAUCUGACUAUGAUCCAAUUUCACAGUCUGAUCGAGUGGCCGCUGAAAGAUUUCUUGAACAACGUGAUAUUGCAGAAGGAAGAAUUAGAGGAGAUGAAGAUCUACUUUAUGAUGAAAGUGACGAUGAAGAAGCUCCUAGCAGAAAAAGAAGGCGUGCUGAAAAGGCCGCUGUUGGCACUGUUGAAGAUGAACCAAUGAUUGAAUCAAUUGAAAAUCUGGAAGAUACUAAAGGACAUUCAAUAAAGGAAUGGGUUACUAUGCUUGGACCUCGUACAGAAAUAGCUAAUAGAUUUAGGAAUUUUUUGAGGAAUACUGUUAAUUCAAAAGGGUCAUUUGUAUACAAGGACAAAAUAAGGCAUAUGUGUGAAUCAAAUUAUUCAAGUUUUGAAGUUGAAUUUCCUGUGUUGGCUGCAAAAGAAAAUGUACUGGCUUUUUUUCUUCCAGAGGCUCCAGUUCAAAUGUUAGAAAUUUUUGAUGAGGUUGCUAAAGCUUUUGUUCUCACUAUUUAUCCUAGUUAUGAAAGAGUCACGAGAGAAAUUCAUGUGAGAAUAUCUGAACUACCAUUAAUUGAAGAACUUAGAACUUUUAGGAAAAUUCAUUUGAAUCAGCUAGUGAGGACAAGUGGGGUCGUCACUGGUGGGACUGGUGUUCUUCCUCAGUUAUCACUUGUCAAGUAUGAUUGUUCAAAAUGUGGCUAUGUCAUAGGACCGUUUGCCCAGUCUCAAGAAUCUGAAGUCAAGCCUGGUUCUUGUCCUGAAUGUCAAAGUAGUGGACCAUUUACGAUCAAUAUGGAAGAAACUAUUUAUCGUAAUUACCAAAAGGUUACUAUCCAAGAAUCACCUGGAAAAAUUCCUGCUGGGCGUAUGCCAAGGUCUAAGGAGUGCAUCCUUCUUGCUGAUCUUACUGAUAGGUGUAAACCAGGAGAUGAAGUGGAUAUAACUGGUGUUUAUACUAACAGUUAUGAUGGAUCUCUCAAUACUGAACAAGGAUUUCCAGUAUUUGCUACUGUAAUUAUUGUUAAUCAUUUGAUUGUCAAAGAUUCAAAACAUAUAGUCGAGUCUUUGACUGAUGAAGAUAUUUCUGCCAUUAUGAAAUUGAGCAAGGAUCAUCGGAUUGGAGAAAGGAUUGUAUCUAGUAUUGCUCCUUCAAUCUAUGGCCAUGAUUUUAUUAAGCGAGGAAUAGCGUUAGCUCUUUUUGGAGGUCAACCUAAAAACCCAGGUGGUAAACAUAAAGUUAGAGGUGAUAUAAAUUUAUUAAUGUGUGGCGACCCUGGAACAGCCAAAUCUCAGUUUCUUAAGUUUGUUGAGAAACUAGCACCACGGGCAGUUUUUGCUACUGGUCAAGGUGCUUCAGCAGUUGGUUUAACUGCUUAUGUUAAAAGGAGUCCUAUCACUCAUGAGUGGACCUUAGAAGCUGGUGCUUUAGUCUUAGCUGAUCAAGGUGUUUGUCUUAUCGACGAGUUUGAUAAAAUGAAUGAUCAUGAUAGAACAUCUAUCCAUGAAGCAAUGGAGCAGCAGAGCAUUUCAAUAUCGAAAGCAGGUAUUGUGACAUCACUUCAAGCUCGUUGCUCUGUAAUUGCCGCUGCUAAUCCUAUUGGUGGCAGAUAUGACACCUCAAUGACGUUUUCUGAAAAUGUUAACCUAUCAGAACCUAUCAUGUCUCGAUUUGAUGUUUUGUGCGUGGUCAGAGAUGAAGCAGAUCCUGGGGCAGAUGAACAGCUGGCAAAAUUCGUGGUUUCAUCUCAUAUGAAACACCACCCUGCUGCCUCUAACUAUCCACCACCUUCAUUUGAAGCAGAAUUACAGAAAGAUACCAUUCCCCAGGAUCUUUUACAGAAGUAUAUUGUGUAUUCAAAGCUCAAUGUCCAUCCAAAACUCAAUUCAAUGGACCAGGAUAAAGUGGCUACCCUGUAUUCUCAUCUGCGACAAGAAUCCUUGGCGACAGGAAGUCUUCCUAUUACUGUUAGACAUAUAGAAUCUAUGAUACGUAUGUCAGAAGCACAUGCUAGAAUGCAUCUUAGGGCACAUGUUCAAGAAGAUGAUGUUAAUAUGGCCAUGCGGAUGAUGUUAGAAUCGUUUGUAGAAACUCAAAAAUACAGUAUAAUGAGCACUAUGAGAAAGACUUUCCAGAAAUAUUUAUUAUACAAGAAAGAUACAACAGAAUUAUUGUAUUAUAUUUUGAAACAGAUGGCAUCUGAUCAAAUGAUGUAUAUUCGUGGUAUACAUGGAGUUGCUGUUAAUGUAAUAGAAAUCCAUGAAAAAGAUUUUAUUGAUAAGGCUAAGCAAAUAAAAAUAUAUGAUGUGCGUCCAUUUUACGAAAGCAAAGUAUUUGAAAUGAAUCACUUUGAAUAUGAUCCAAAGAAAAAACUUAUUGUUCAGAGGAUUCCAGCUGCAGAAAUGGAAGAUUAAUGACUUUUAGUGUUUUCUUUUAAAUAUUGAAGUACGAAAACAUUGUCCCAAAAGUAUUAUAGAGAAUACUCUUUAUUUUUAAUGUGAAUGACAUUUUUAACAAUUUUUGACACCAACUCUUAGACCUGAUGAUUGUAUAUACUUGAUGUUUUAUUUUAUUAUUGUAUCGUGUACAUAAAACCAGUGUUAAAUAUUAUCCAUUAUUUGAAUAAUAUAUACUAAAGUUAUUAUUAUUUUCUAUAUUUUUAAAAUGAAUUUAUACCAUUCUUACAAAAUAGAUAAUAGGUAGG